AUGACUUUAUUGGCCAAAGUGUUUAACAACAGUUCUGAGAAGCUGCUGCUGUCGUCGGCUCCACACUCGCGAAAGCUAACACCCACAUCGUCACGAAGAUCUUCAUCUGUAUUAACACCAAUCAACUCGACUGCUUCUUCUUCUUCAUCUUCAAUAACUCCCACCAGAUCAAACACAGGACGUACCAUCAAAACAUCUAGUUCUUUGAAUACACCAUCUGCAUAUACCUUAUCGAUAGCACUUGAGUCUCCUCCGAUUAUAUUAUAUGGUAGUCCUUCUGAGUCUACAGGUUCAAUAAUAUCGGGACUACUAAGAUUGAUAACGACAAGUGAAAUCGAACUAGAACAAGUCACACUUACAUUGAGACAGACUAUGAGAUAUACAAAACCUUUUCUUAUUCCAAAUUCAUCUUCGAUAGCGAACUGUAAAGACUGCACUCACAGGACAGAGGAAUUGGCACGUUGGGACGUUUUGACCUCACACUUUAAAUUCAAUGCUGGUAACCAUGCCUAUCCAUUUUCCCAUUUGUUACCCGGAUCCCUUCCUCCUACUUCGAAAUUGGGAUCGUCAAACUCGCAUUCUUUUAUCAAAUAUGACCUAAUUGCCGAGGUUACAGCCAACGAUGCACUGCAAAAUAAGAGACUAGUGUUGCCAAUCAACAUAUCACGACUGAAUUUAAGAGGUCCCGAUCGAAAUUCUUUGCGAGUAUUUCCUCCUACCGAAGUUACCGCCAGUGCAGUGUUACCAAACGUUGUUUAUCCUAAAUCAACGUUCCCAAUAGAACUCAAAUUGGACAAUUUGGUAAAUCCAUCACAGCAGAGAAGAUGGAGAAUGAGAAAAUUGACAUGGAGGAUUGAAGAAAACAUCAAAAUCAAAGCUCAUGUUUGUCAAAAACAUGCUGGGAAACUUGACAUGCUUGAAAACCUGUACAGGAAAUCACCACAAAAGAUUGAAAAACCUUCAGGUAUGCAUCACAGUACAAUUCAAACAAAUGUAGCAUUUAUUUAUAGCCCAUCGAUGCAAUUUUCGAAUGAACCUAUAUUACAAGAAAAUGGGUUGCCUGAAAGUGUUCCUGUCGAUGAUGGAAGUCAUGAUAUUGAGGAGUCGAUGAGAACGGCACCUUCAAAUGUGCAUCAAAGUUUUGUUGAAGAUUUUGGAAACGCAUCAGCAACUAGGGGUCCUGUAGAGGACACUGCCGGUAGUGCGCUCACACCUCAGCAGUCGAAUCGCCCCAUUGAUUCCGAAAAGCAUCUUUACAUGGAAGAGACCAGGGCUAUAAGCUAUGGUGAGUUCAAAUCAGGUUGGAAGUCUGACUUCUCUGGCAGAGGUCGGAUAGAAAUGGUGGCAAAUAUUAGUGCAAAUAGAUUGUCCACUGGGUCAAACAAUCACGUCACAAAGGUUAGUACUGAUGACAAGGUUCAAGCUGAUAAUGAUUUCAAGAAUGGGGCCAACGUUUCCUGUGAUAUCGAUGACCCAACUUUGGGAAUUUUUGUUAACCAUACAUUGAUUGUGGAAGUUGUUGUUGCAGAGGAAUUGGUUCACAACGUUGACCGUAGGAAUCAAAGCAACCUUCAACCAGCAAGUAGCCGGGACUCUAUAAUUCCAAGAAGAGGAUCAUCAUCAAAUUCUGUUCCAACCAAUCUGUCACCCAAUUUGGCUCCUUCCACAUCUAACAGUGGAUCGAAUAACAAUCAGUUGUCGGGUGUUCCAACGGGGGCAGCACGCGUUUUGAGGAUGCAAUUCAAGCUCCCUAUUACUGAGAGAUCUGGACUUGGAAUCGCAUGGGAUGAUGAGGUCCCACCAACAUAUGAGGAUGUGAGAACAUUGAGUCCGCCUAAUUAUCAAGAUCAGUCUAUCAAUUUACCGCCUACACCUGUCGAGGCAGCAGUGCAAAGCAGCCCCACUCCAAAUGUAUUAUACGGUAGAGGAGAGACGCCUAUUGUUGGUAGCUUUGGAUUACACGGACAAAACCAGCAAAGCUUGGAUGGAAUGAUUGAAAAUAUGCAAGAGCUCUCUAUUUAG